ACCACCACCCAAACCAAAUCCUCGCCCAUGGCGCCACUGGUCUCCCACUCGCACGCAGCCGCGCAAAUUCUCGCGCCGCUCCCGCGCGGCAACCGACGCCUCGCUCCCGCGCCGCCCCCUGCCGCCGCCGGCUUCCUCCGCGGCCUCUUCCCCUCCCGCGCCCCGCGCCCUCCGCCAGCGAAGGAUGAUCUCCUCCGCCUCAUCGCCGACCAACGCCGUGGCCUGGACACCCAGUCCGACCCCGCCCGCCUCCCGGACAUCGUCUCCUGCAUCGACGCCCUCGCCGCCUCCGCGCCCGGAGCAGACACCGUCUCCGACGCCGACAAGCUUUCCGGUACGUGGCGCCUCCUCUGGACCACCGAGCAGGAGCAGCUCUUCAUCGUUCGCAACGCCCCCUUCUUCCGCACCGCCGCCGGCGAUGUGCUCCAGGUAAUCGACGUCCCCGGUGGUGCUCUCAACAACGUGAUCACCUUCCCGCCCGCCGGCGCGUUCGUCGUUAACGGCUCCAUCGAGAUUCAGCCGCCCCAACGAGUCAAUUUUAGGUUUACGCGCGCUGUGUUGAGAGGGAACAAUUGGGAGGUCCCUUUUCCGCCCUUUGGGAAAGGAUGGUUUGACACCGUCUAUUUGGACAAUGAAAUCCGUGUAGCAAAGGACAUAAGAGGGGACUAUUUAGUUGUUGAACGUGCUCCAUAUUCAUGGAAUGAAUAGUUCAAAGUUCAAAGUUGAUUGAGUGCAUCAGCACUCGUGUGAUGUGUCUUAGAGAAUAUAAGAAGAUUGUCAGAGCAUUAUAAUUUCCCAGCAAAGUGUUAUCCGUCUUACUGUGGUAUUUCUUUUCCUAGACAGUACUAUAUCCUCCAGGAA